AUGGGAGCUUUUCAGAAAGGAACCGCACUUUGGCCUGGUGGUAUCGUUCCAUAUCAACCAAAUGAAAAUCAUCCCUUUUGGUCUGUUAUCUUAAAAGCCAUAAACGAGAUGAAUAAUAAAACGGUGGUCAAAUUUAUCGAGAAAACGGUUCAACCAGAUUAUGUUUAUUUCACUUCCGAGAAUUCCGGAAACUGGUCCAUUACCGUAGGAAAAGCUGGAGGACCACAUCAAGUAAACAUUGACAAGAAUGUAAGAUCCUUGCAUGAAUUGGGGCACGUUAUCGGGUUGGUACAUGAACAUCAAAGACAAGAUCGAGAUAACUAUAUUGAAGUUCAUAGAGAAUUCAUAGAUUCCAAUAACGAGUGGAACAUAAACAACGUCAUUAACACAACGGAAAUCGAAUAUGAAACCGAAUAUGACGUUCACUCGUUCAUGCAUUAUUGGGAUACCGCUGGAGUAAGCGAUAAAGUUAAAAAUAAAGAAUUGGCCAAAAGGAUUGCCACCGGUAUUGCCACUAUUGGGAUCUCAGAAAUGAAAGAUCAUGUUGAAGGUCGUUCGAUGGUAUAUAAACGUGACAGACGCAUGCAUAUUGUUACUAGUGAAUUCCUUUCUCCUUUGGACAUCUAUUGCAUUAAUAAUGUCUAUAAUAACUACGCGCCUACCUCCUGA